AGUCCUGCAAACACUGCCGGAUAGAGAUGUUGCGCUCGCCGAUCAAUACAUUUUCGUGAAGUGUUUUGUGCAGCGUUCGUAGCGUUUACGAAACUACUGCAUCCGCUUCCACUCGUCGUACACCUUGGCUGUGAGAAGGGACCACAGGGCACCUCCUACGGUCACUGCACGAAGGGGUUCAUAGUUCCACACAACUGCGCAUGGCUGUUCGGCUGAGACCAAAUCGAUGGUGCAGAGUUUCUGCUCUUUGGAGACCAUGGACACCGAACGGAAGCUUUCAGUUCAAGACGAUGUGUCGCGCACUGACCAACAGUCAGCCAUUCUCAAUGACGGGGAACAAAUCAAAUCUUCACGCAAAGCGCAAUGGUGGCGCGUGCGGCCGACGGUGGAGCCCAUGGUGCUGCUGUUCAUGUUUUCCACCACGGCGGUGAGUUCGUUCGUCGGCGCGCUCUUCACGGAGCGCGUGUGCCGCAUGAAAGACACGACCGGCUGCCCGGACGACAAGCGCGCCGAAGCCGUCACGCUGAUCAUGUACAAGACCAUCAUCGAGGCGGUGGUCCCCGCUUUCGUCGCAUUAUUCAUCGGCAGCUGGAGCGAUAAGUUCGGUCGCCGUCCCAUCUUCAUAUGGUCUUUCCUCGGCAACACCGUGGCGUACGCGGCGUGGGCGGUGCAGUCGGCGGUGCCGGACCUGCAGCCCGAGUGGCUGCUGCUGCCCUCUGUGGUGGCCUCCUUCAGCGGCGGCAUGAUGAACCUCAUGGGCGUGGCCAACAUCUACAUCGCGGACGUCGCCCCUGUCGACGACAAGGCAGUCCGGCUGGGCAUCCUGGACGUGUCGCAGUACAUGGGCACGAUGCUGGGCUCGGGGCUGUCGGCGCCCAUCACAGCCGCUCUGCAGUACUACGGUGUGUACACGAUGGCCGCCUGCCUCAUGCUGGCGUGUCUGCUCUACGCCGUCUUCCUGCUGCCGGAGACCGUGCCGCCGUACACCCCGCCCGAGGAUGAGAGCUGUGGCUGCUGCAAGGGGAUCUUCCGGCCGCAGCUGGUGCGCGACGCGCUCAGGACGUGCCUCAAGAAGCGGCCACAUAACGGCCGGGCCACCAUCUUCAUCGUCAUCUUUGUCGUCAUCAGCGGCAUGCUCUCCUUAAUGGGUGAAUCAGUUCCCUCUUACAAUCUCUAUAACGACAUAUUGAAGUGGGGACCAGCAGACACGCAGCUGUACGGUUUUUACAAUAACGGAACCACUGCCCUAGGCACCCUGAUUGGCGUCCUGGUGUUCGUGCGCUGGCUGCGACUGCAGGACGCGUGGAUAGCUGUCAUUACUUUCGGCUGCAAGAUCGUCGGCACCAUCCUGUACGCCAUAGCUCCAGACUGGAGGUUUAUGUAUAUAGGUGGUGCUGUCAGCUGUUUUGGUGGAAUGGUGUGGGUCCUGGCCAGAACUAUGUUGGUGAGGCUGGUGACGAUGGACGAGAUAGGUCAGGUGUUCGCAUUGGUGAUGACUCUGGAAGCGAUAGCGCCGCUGCUGGGAUCCCUGAUUUAUGGACAAGUCUACCAGGCCACCGUCUCCACACUCCCUGGUGCUUUCUACUUCAUCUCCGUCGGAAUCUUCGUGGUCGAUCUCAUCCUGCUGCUGGUUGCGUCUUACCUCACUCGAGGGGCCGUAAGAGAAGAGAAUGAGCAACGGAGACAGAGGGCUUUACCACCGUCGGCCUAAGACGCCGCAGGCUGCACCGUCAUCACUUGUCUUGUCAUCAUCUCAUCGAAUCUCAACUGCUGCACGGCUCGUUAGCCCUGAAGGCAUAGCAGGAAAGUCGCAGGCGGAUCGCGCAGCGACGAAAUUACCGCCUUUCUAAUCCGAGUUGUGGGUUCACUACAAUGCUGCACAGAAGAACGGAUGACCGCAUCGUGCAAGAGCUGGAGACAAUCAACUGCGUGUCUUCAUUACUUGCAGAAUUUAUUCUGAUGUAACAAUAAAACAUUGUAAUUCCUUACUUUCUGUAUAAGUGAAA